AUGAUGGCCAGCGGCGCUAACGAUCGGGACUCAACACAGCCAACAUGUCAAAACUGCCAAACCUCAACUACGCCUCUAUGGCGCCGCGAUGAAUACGGGACGGUUCUUUGCAAUGCAUGCGGUCUCUUUCUCCGUCUGCACGGUCGACCCAGACCGAUUUCGCUCAAGACCGAUGUCAUCAAGUCCCGGAAUCGCGUCAAGACCAUGCGCCCCGGAAUGGCCUCGAAGAAGAAGGUUUGUGAUGCGCCUGCGAAUCCCGACCUCGAUGUCACACUUCCAUUUGGCUUACAUGAUGUUCUUGAGCAGCAGCAACAGCAACAGCAUGGUCACAACUUUACAGGCGCGACUGACCCGAACGGACUCGACCUUCACGGACAGACGCCCGGCUCGGCGCAACGAAGACCCUCCCAGAAGUCCACGAACGGCAACGCUGACGGUGACUCCCCUGGCUCUCGGAACGGGACGCCUUCUUUGUACAAUCCUGGCCUUCCCGUAUUCCAAGGCAUGGACGACGCGCAGCUCCAGGCAGGCCUGCAAGGCUUCUCAGAGAACCGCGCCGGCUCCCCUUUAAACGGCGACCGCCACCUCGACGUUCCCCAGACCCACGAGCAGUUGAUCGCGACCAACUCAGCCCUCAAGACUCGCGUCAGUGAAUUGGAGUUGAUAAACGAACUCUUCCGCGGCCGUCUGAGCCAGAUGGAACAAGACGAGGCAAGCGCAAGACGUGGCCAGGAGAUCAGCGGCAAAGCCGAGGCCCAGCUGCGCAUGCAGCUUGAAACAAGCAAGAAGCAGUUGGAGGAAAGCCACCGCAGGGAAAACAAUCUCAAGCGGCGUCUUGACGAGUUGGAGCUGGAGCUGAAGGAGGCCAUUGACAUGUCGGACUCGGGCCGCGCAACAAAGAAGCUCAAAGCUACAGUCACAGACAUGGUCGGCGAAUCCGAAGUUUCGACGCCUCAGUCCACCACUUGA